AAGUCAAUGGAAAGUCCUCACAAGGAUACAGAGACAUAGUAGGUGUGUGUGUUUUCCUCCCCUGGAGGCCAGAGUCUCUGAGAUUUCUUCCGGGUUUGUGCCUCUUGUUUGGUUUGGGUGUAUCAGCACAGCUCAACAUAACAAACUGUAGCUGGCCUUCAGGACACUUUUUAUUAUUCUACAUUAAAGAUGUCUGCCGCGGGCUCGGACCUCGCUUUUACUCGCCUCACCUUGAAGUGAUUUCACCCCCGGAGCGGACCGGACCGGACCUGAGACACCUGUUGCUCCAGUUUCGACAGACAGGUGCCUUCGUGUUUCAGACCAGACGGGCAGCAGCUCCGCCUCUGCCGGAGAGUCUCGCUUUCAGCGAAGCUCGGAUUUAUUUGAAAGURUUUGUUGUGAGUUUGGCGGCAGACAUGAAAGUUACUGUAACUUUCGGGGCCACCGCGGUGGUGGUUCCCUGUAAAAGCGGAUGGACGGUCCGGGAUUUAGUGGAACAGGCGACGCGGAGGUAUCGCAGGGCUCUGGAGCAGGAUGCGGAGAUGACGGCGAACAUUCACCACUUGGAGUACACUGACGGAGGAAUUCUGGACAUGGACGACCUGCUCAGUGAUCUAGUAGAAGACAGAGAAAAGUUGGUCGCUGUGUUUGACGACGACCAGCGCGGUGAUUCAGAAACUCCCUCAGAGAGCAUGUCCAACGGCUUCUCCAGCACAAACGCGAGUCCAGAACCCAUGCACUACUUCCCCCACCUGGAGUAUGAAGAUCCCAACCGAGGAGAGAUCGAAGUCAGCGAGGCCGUCCUCAAAACAAAUACACCUCUGUUGGUGAGGAGCAGCAGCGACUCUGUUUUGCCCCCUCCCCAAGAGAAAACACCCACUCCUCCACCCGAUGAUGAACUCAACAAGCCUCCUGAACGAGAAAUCAGCAAUGUACUGAAAGGAGCCUUGGAACGAGUGGAAUCAAACGGCCCCUCGUCCAAAAUGAACCCCAAAGUUCACUUCAGUACUCUGACGAGGACAGUUGAGUUCCCAGGUGACCGGGGGCCCCUGGGGAUCCAUGUGGUCCCUUACUGCUCGUCUCUCAGUGGAAGGACUCUGGGCCUCCACAUCAAAGGUGUGGAGCCGAACAGUCGGUCCAAAAAGGAGGACCUCUUCAAGGAAGACGAAUGCAUYGUCCAAAUCAACAACACGCCGCUACAGGACAAAACUUUUGCUGAAUCUCAGAAGGUGUUCCAGAAAGCCAUGGGGUCUCCUUCUGUGCGUGUGGAGGUCGUCCCUGUAGCCAACAAGCCUCGCUACGAGAAGACCCUGAUUGGUCAGAUUUUCUCCAGUGAUGACAAAGACCCUCCUCUGUCGACGAAGAGCCCGAUGGUAAUCCGCGCUCGACCUGACGCCCAACYCGAACCCAAACCAAACCUCAACAAAGCUGACGUUAAGCGACCGGAAGCGCGCGUGAUGACUCCAGAACCGGUCCAGCGGACUGCGUCGCCGGUGCAGCCCCGGUCUGGGCCCGGGUCUUUGGAGAGGUCUUCUCCAACACCUACAGCUGGGUCGUCCUCCCCGACUCCCAAGACAACCAACUACAACCAAAGCCCUCUGGCCAGCAAGAGCUCUGCUGUGCCUGGACUGUCAAACCUUACCAACAAGAAGGGGGGCAAGAGGAUGAAAAUUGACUUAAAAAAAGGCACCGAGGGUUUGGGCUUCACUGUGGUAACCAGGGACUCUACAGUUCACGGUCCAGGGCCAAUUUUGAUUAAGAACAUCCUGCCACGCGGUGCAGCAGUCAAAGAUGGCCGACUUCAGCCCGGAGAUCGCAUCCUGGAGGUGAAUGGUGUAGACAUGACAGGCCGCAGCCAGGAGGAACUUGUAGCCAUGCUGCGCAGCACCAAGCAGGGGGAAAGCGUUUCUGUGGUGGUGGCCCGGCAGGAGGACAUGUUCAUGCCGCGGGAGCUGAAGAGCGAUGAAGCGAGCAGUCAGGUGGUGGAGGACGGACGGGAGCAGCUGAUGUAUGAAAUCCCGCUCAACGAGACGGGCUCGGCCGGCCUGGGGGUCAGCCUGAAAGGGAACAGAUCGAAAGAGACCGGAGAGGACCUGGGUAUCUUCAUCAAGUCCAUCAUCCAUGGAGGGGCUGCUUAUAAGGACGGUCGGCUGUGCAUAAACGACCAGAUGAUUGCCGUGAACGGUGAGACACUGCUUGGGCGCUCCAAUCACGCCGCCAUGGAGACGCUGAGGCGGUCCAUGUCAUCAGAAGGAAACGCCAGAGGCACCAUACAGCUCGUGGUCCUCAGAACAUCGAAACAGAUGAAAAAUGGCAAGUCUGCAGCAAGCACAGCGACAAAUCUGUCCUCCAGUCAGCCCACCAUCCCAGCAGGCUCCAACAAUCAGGAUCCUCGGGGCCACGACACACUUCAGAGACCAUCCGGACCCGGCAGAACAACGGAGUCCACCAUCAACGGCACGGGUCACGCUCCGAAAAGUUACGCAUACGGCGACUCGGGGGGCGAUGUGUGUUUGUCACUCUGCAAAAGCUCCGAACCCAAAUCUGCUCUUCCAGCUGCCGCUGCCUUCACCAACGGCAGCCACGGUCACUACAGCAACGCUGAUGACAAGGAAGGCUUCCCGCCGCCGCCCUCCCCCGACUCUGUGGAGGAAAUGAACAGAGACUUGCAUCGUACACCCCCACUCCGCAGUGAGCUGUCCGACACGCCUCGAGAUUUCCACUCCAACCGCCAGCUUUUCAACGAUAAGGACAAUGUGCCUCGCAACCGAACAUCCAAGAGCUUGGACAUGGUGGCUGAUGAGAGCAACGUGGGAUCACUAGUGGGCCACAGAAAGGAUUUCUCGUCCAGAGGAGCAUUGGGUCCAACCCUUGGGCUCAUGAAAUCCAGCUCCUUGGAGAGCCUCCAGACCGCCAUGUCUGAGGCCAACCACGAUCGCAGCCAAGCUCAGGUGCCCAUCCAUCGUCCACGUCUGCAUAUGGUCCGAGGGCGAGGAUACAACCAGAGUUUCCGCAUCGCCAUCGACAAAUCCUACGAGGGACCUUCAGAGGAUGAUGACGAUGGGUCUGACUACAGCUCAGGCAACGAAACACCAGCCAGCAGCUCCUCUCGCCAGGAUCUGGAUGAAGAGAAGCAGGUAACAAAGAAAAGCAAAGGGAAGAAGAAGAAGGAUAAGAAGACGACGAAGAGCAAGAAAAAAGCUGAGGAUUCUGGGGACGACCUGGACAAAAAAACCAAAAAGAAAGGAUUUGGUCUGUUAAGGUUCGGGAAGAAGAAAGAUGAAAAGAGCAAAGACGCAGUGAAAGGAUCAAAGAACAAACUGGAUGCCCUGAGUGAGGAGGAGCAGGACCGGGUCCCUGACAACAGAGAUGGCUACGACCCACGGUACCAAGAGAUCCACUCGGGUUACACCACCCCCGACCGGAGCUCCCUACCUGAUGUGGAGGACGACGACAGCGACCCCCACUACGCCCGAAUCAACAAGUACCGCCAGCCGCCCUCGCCGCUGUCCCUCAGUCGCACGCCCUCUCCGGCGAUGCCAGCAGGGGGGCAGAACUUACCUCAGGCAACACCCAAUGACAUUGAAGGCCUCUACGCUAAAGUGAACAAGUUCAGACCGCCGCCCACUUCGCAGAACCCRCCACAGGCAGACAGCGAUCAGCGGAUCCAGGGGCUGCGCAGGGAGUACCAACAGGCCCGAGCCGCUCCGGGUUAUGAGGAGCUAGAUGCAGCGAGACGUCGGGUUCUGGAUUACGACCCGCAACGGGUGUCACCCAGAGGAGCCGAAUCCCGAUCGAGACCCCGGUACGAGGACACAGACCUGGAUUACACUGCACCACCCAGGAGGGAUCCGUAUGAUUAUCCUACCCACUCCAGGCCUGUUCCCAGAGAACAAGGCCCCUACCCGAGCCACUACCCGGACCCUCUGGUUUCCAGUAACUCUGGCCGUUUGCCUCUCCCUCAGUCGACCAGCCAGCCCCAGCAGGCAGCUAACAAUCCACGCUACCACCCUUCCUCUCAGCCGCACCGUGCGGCAAUGAGGCAGGACGUCCCCCCGUCUCCCACCGCCGGACGCCGAGGCCGGCAGUACUACGACGGCCCCGAAGGGAGAAACUACCGACAGGCCAGCCCCGGCCGCUACUUCAGUCCCGAGAGGAACCCCAACGCCAGAGAACGCUACCCCAGCCCCGAUCGCUACCAGUACGGAGGCGAAAGACAACCGGAGCCAAGACGCAAGAACGUCAUGAUAGACGCCGUGUAAAGUUAAAACUCAGAGCGGUGUAACUCAGCCYAACAGAAGCCAAACGUGACGAGAGUAAAUGUUUAAACAAAUGUUUGUUUUUAAGGGAAAUAGAUUAAACUGUAUAUAAAUGCAUUUAUUGGAGUUGGUUGAAUAUAUUCCAGUAUUGCCAAAGUUUGUAACAAGACAGAGUUUAUAUUGUAGAAAUGAAAUAAGACCAAAUUGGAGGUAGACUGUUUGUGUAGAUGUUUAGAUGAAACUUGGUGCCAAAUGUGUAAAAUGAAGUAAAAAGUAGUGGAUUUGUGGUUUUGUACACACGGAUCAGAAUGAAGGAAACAGAGGGAUCACCUUGACCAGUGAAACUAUUGCACAAGGGAAACAGGAAGUCGUCCAACAGGAACAGGAAGUAACUCCCCUUGUUUCGUGUAGUCUUUGAUGUUUUUGUCGCUUGAACUUCCUUUACAUCCUGCUUCACGCUGGUACUUUGGUCUUUUCUGCCUUUGAAUGUGCGGACUUGGCAAUUAUUUUCUGUGUUUAAGAUGAGUUUAUGAUGAGUUUUGUGGUUUUAAAAAAAUAUAUGAAAAUAUAAUAAAAAUCUUUGAUCUGCACUAUUGUUACUACURUCUUAGAUAAGUUAUGUCACUUCUUACUCUGUGGAAUGAAUAAAUGGCACAUUUUAUCCUUGAACAUAUAAAUGUUAUGAUGUACUGGUAAUGUCUGAUUUUUUUUCUACAAAUUCUUUGAAAUAAAUAUUUUGAGAUUA